AUGACCGAAACGAACGGCGCUGCCCUCCCGCGCCGUCGAACGGUGGAUUUCCUUGACCCAGUCAACGCCCUGGCGCAUUCCAAUGGGAUUAAUGGAAUUAAUGGAACCAGCUCCGCGGACGAGACCUCCGACAGUGCCUCCUCCGUUUCCGCAGAAUCGCAGGCCGACAAGCCCAAGCGACCGAAAAUGACGCGCAAGGCCUCGUCGCCAAUGGCACCGACAUUUAUGGUGUCGGCGCCAGGCAAAGUCAUCGUCUUCGGUGAACAUGCCGUGGUCCACGGCAAGGCUGCGAUGGCGGCCGCGAUCUCCCUCCGCUCCUAUCUCCUCGUCACCACCCUCUCCAAAUCACAGCGCACGAUCACCUUAAAUUUCAGAGAUCUGGGACUCAGUCACACCUGGAACAUCGACACCCUACCGUGGGAGAAGUUCCACCAGCCCUCAAAAAAGAAGUUCUACUACAGUCUUGUGACCGAGCUCGAUCCAGAGCUGGUCGAGGCCAUUGAACCACACCUCCAGGAGGUCUCCAAGGGGCUCGGUCUUCCAGAAGAGCAACGCAAAAUCCACAUCCGCUCUGCCUCCUCAUUCCUCUACCUCUUCCUCUCUCUCGGUUCCCCCCAAAGCCCCGGCGCCAUAUAUACCCUUCGAUCGACCAUCCCCACCGGAGCAGGCCUAGGCAGCAGCGCCAGUGUCUGCGUCUGCCUGAGCGCCGCCCUUCUCCUUCAGAUCCGUACCCUGUCUGGCCCCCACCCCGACCAACCCCCCGAGGAGGCCGAAACACAGAUCGAGCGCAUCAACCGCUGGGCCUUCGUGGGAGAGCUCUGCAUCCAUGGCAACCCCAGCGGCGUGGAUAACACGGUGGCCGCAGGCGGCAAGGCCGUGAUUUUCCGCCGCGAUGAUUAUACGAAGCCUCCCACGGUAGUGCCCCUGCCCACCUUCCCCGAACUACCCCUCCUCCUCGUGAAUACCCAACAAGCCCGAUCAACAAAGACCGAAGUCGAGAAGGUGGGCAAGCUUCGAACAGCCCACCCCAUCGUGACCGAGUCCAUUCUCAAUGCCAUCGAUGAAGUGACAUGCUCCGCACAACGCCUGAUCCAGGACCCCGAUUUCCAGGGUAUCUCCGAAGCGACACUUGGCCACUUCGGUGAUCUCAUCCGCAUCAACCACGGUUUCCUCGUCUCCCUGGGCGUCUCUCACCCUCGUCUCGAACGGAUUCGAGAACUCGUCGACUACGCGGAUAUUGGCUGGACCAAGUUGACCGGGGCUGGCGGUGGUGGGUGCGCAAUUACACUGCUCCGCCCUAACGCCAACUCCAGCGUGAAGCAGGACCUCGAAGAGAAGUUCGACGAGGAAGGUUUCACCAAGUACGAGGUCACUCUUGGCGGGGACGGUGUCGGUGUCCUCUGGCCUGCCAUUGUCCGCAACGGCACGGACGAAGAAGGCGGCGAGGAGAUCGACCAGGAGAAGUUCGAAGAAGCAGAGGGCCCUGAAGGCAUUGAACGCCUUGUUGGUGUCGGCCUCGAGGAGAGGAGAGAAGGUUGGAAGUUUUGGAAGCGAGCCACCUCGCCUUGA